UUUCAUCCCCUUCUCUCUCCAGGGAAUAAGGUAAGCUAACUGCGAGCAAAGGAAAAGGAAAGCUCAUUACCGGAGGAUACGAGGCACGCCAGCCAGUGAUAGAGAGUGAAUUUUGCCUGUCGUUUUAAGUAUUUUACAGCUCUUAUUCUUUCGAGAAGGGGAAACACGUUCGAGAGAAGCAAGGACUCGAGUUGGGGACCGUGAAGUAAGCGGGUAUCAACAGUGGGAACAAAAGGCUCCAUGACUGUGGCAGGGCUGCUUUAGGGGAAACCGGACACUGGUGUUUUGUGCUGUAGCUGAAACUGAAGCACUCGUGCAGUGCGUUGGUCAGAUGGUGGGAGCAGGAGGAGCACACUGGCCUCUCUGUGCAUUGCUGCUGGAUGCCCUGUUCAGGCCACUGACCCGGCUCGACUCUGCUGGACCCACGGAGUCUGACCUGGAUGCUGUAAAAAGGCACUUGCAGAGAUGUUAGUGCAGACUUACACGAGCUACUGAGCAGAUCAUUUCAAGAGGCUUAGAAUAAACAAAAAGGAGGCAGGAAAAUGACCUAAUUAGCGAUAAGCGUGACGGACAAACUAGCGCAAAUGUGCUGGUGGUAAUUUCCCCAGUUUAGCCCACAAGGAAGACACAUGCAUCAGCACACAUACACGCACAACGUAUUUAUAAACCCUGCCCUUCCCUUCCUGCCAUCCGCCCCAGUCCUCCAUGGAUUCCUACAACUUCCACUUUGAGAGAAUGAGCAACGUGGACCUUCAUCCUCUGAGCCUGCCCGUCAGCCGGCUCUCCCCAGCCAAGUCCAACAUAAGCAUUGCUGACCAACUUGCCCAUCACCAACACGGCAAAGGAGACUCUGCCUACAGCUCCUUCUCUGGUGGGUCCACUGCUCCAGACUACCCAUCUCCUUUUCUUUCCGAUGACCUGCAGUCCAGUUCCUUCAGCCACUAUGCUGAUCUCAAGUAUGUAAAGUCCGUUUACCAUCCAACCCAGGUUCUGCAAUCUGACUCAAAGACCAUGGACCAGCUCUAUCGCUCUGUGGAAGCUAUCUCACAGCAGUACCGCAACAAUACCAGCAUCAGUAUAAAUCAUCACAACCACAAUGGUAAUGACAGUUUGCAUACCAACAAUAAAGCGCUUUCUAAACAAGAGGCGCCUUUAGGAGUUCCACCCCAGGUUGCUUACCCUCCUGCCCGCCCUCCUCCAGUCCCAGCACGCCUGGAUAGUUUCAUAGCCACAAAAAACUUGGAGAACAGCAGGGUCCACCGCCACAGCACUGAAAUUCAACCCCAACAACCACAGCCUCAGCAACAGCUCAGAACCCACAAUCGACUCACUCCACAGGCCCAUGGUCUGAAUGCUGCGAGAUCUGAGACGACUAACCCAGAUGCAGCCAACUCGGGCCUCAAUUCUGACCCAGUAUACCCAGUUUGGAGGGGCUCUCAACAGCAACAGCCACAGGUCCAGCAGCCACCAAGCUACCGCCCCCACCUCCAGCCUCAUGACCAGAACAGGGUGCCGUUGAACCCAGAAUACCUUUUCAUCGCGGAUAACAAAGCUGCCUCUGAGCAGCAUAAGUCAACAAACAUCCUAAGCCGAUCACCUCCUCGAGGCACAAGCCAGCCUGAGCACCUGAAGUCCAGACAUCUUUCAAGCAGCGGUGCAUGUAAUGGAGACCAUCACAACAAUCCCAGUACCAGCAGUGGCCAUUUUGAGAGUCAGCGCAAAAGGGCACACUCGGCUCAUGAUUGGCUUGGAUCAGAGCCAAACCGCCCCUGGAAUGCUGGUCAGAGUUUUAUCAACAGCAGCAUCCAGCAUAAGGGCCAGUUCUACUUUGUCACGGGAGUGUGUAAGCUGUCUGAAUCUGGUAUGAGGACACACUCUGCCACUGUGUGUGGGUCUGAGGCUGGAAGUGAGAGCUCUGCUGUGCUGGAGAUACACCAGCUCAGAGAGAAAGAAAGAUGCCACAGCACAAUGGAUAAUUUGUUUAGACCUCUCCAAGAGAGCUCCUACACCUCGAGUGGUGUGAUUCCAGAUGAGAGAGAGGCUUUGACUUCUGUGUCUCAGGACAGGGAACUGUCCUCCAGGAACCAGGAUCAGGAGAAUCGCAGACUGUCCCUUAUUUCGACACAGUCCUCUCGAAGCUUUGACACCUUAGAAGAAAUCGACAUGGUGCAGAGUCGAGAGAUUGGUCGCCACACAGCCAACAACCCUAUAUUCUACUGUGGGCCUGAGAUAAACUGCCCACCACAUUCACCAACGCAAACAAAUGAGGUCACUUCACUGUCAAUCGAUGAACAUUCAAACCACCAGAAGAGAGAGGAGCAGGCAAAGAGAGGGAAACGGCAGCCCUUAGGGGAUGUAGCCAGUGAGAGGAUAAACAAAGAAACGACACCACUUCUGUACCACCUCACCGGUGCCAAUAGGGCAGUGCUACAGCCCAGAAAGAAUGCUGAUUUCAGUAUAAAAGGCAAGGAUGCAGUCCUAAAUAAAAUAGAUCAUGGAGACUUGGCUGUUAAUGAUAAUGACAGACAUCCAAAAACUGACACAUGCAAGACUGACAGAGGAGAAGUUAUCUCUGCCUGUAACACCCUGGAUGACUCCUUUAAGAAGUACUACAAAGAGAAGCUGAAGGAUGCCCAGUCUAAAGUCCUGAGGGAGACAUCAUUCAAAAGGAGGGACCUGCAGCUCUCAUGGCCACACCGCAUCAGGCAAAAACCUGAGUUGAGGCCUACAGUUAUUCAUGCUUUCUCCUCUUCGCAGGACUCUGAGGCCUCCACAGACACACUCACUCCCUCUGUGACCUCUGAGGACACAGAGAGGGGGAGCAUAAAAGAAGAAGUCGAGGAGGUUCUGAAGGAGGUUGACAAUGAGACUGAAAAGGAAAAUGGAAGACCAGCAAAUGUGGCCCAGCCCCAGGUAGCACGCAUCAGAGGAAGGAAGCGCUUAACUCCAGAGCAGAAGAAGAUGUGCUAUUCUGAACCAGAGAAACUCAACCAUCUCGGUGGUGCUCCCAUCCACUCUGCUUGCCGCUCUUUUGGCAACGAAAGUGACAACCUGUUUGCAGUUGAAUGCGAGGUAGAGGAACGUGUGCAGGAAGGAGAGCAGGGACUGGUUGCAGCACGACGGAAGAUGUUUGAACCAAGAGGCCGAGCCCUUUCAGCCCCUAGCGCUUCAAAGACCAAUUUAAAACAUCUGCAACACAAGGCCUUAGUGGAGUACAUGGAGCGUAAAACAGGUCAGAAAGUGGCUGAGCCACAGCAACCAGUGCUUCAGGCACCACCUCCAUCCAGGCAGAGACAUUCUCUGGGGGAAAAACCAUUUGACUGGGGUCCCAGGCCUCUAUCAGGAAACCACGAAGGCAAAAAUAUCAAGAAGAAACUCCACAGGCCGCACUCUGCAGGCCGCAUCCUUGAUUCUUCCACCAGCUCCAUCAGGUAUGCCCAGUUCUUCUCAGCUCAGUCUUGUUCAGGCCAGUAUGCUGGCCAGUUGAAUCAACCCAGAUGGAGGGAGAGCCAAGGUCCAUCUCAAGUGAAGUAUGCGUCAGUGGAGAGUCUCUUAGACCAGCCAGUGCCACCUAGUUUCUUCAGGAACAGAUCCACAUCCACACCACACACGCUUGAAGCUCUGCAGAUACUUGAAAAUGAGAAGGAUCCAUCACCAGUUAAUGCUAUGGAAACCUGGAGUCCCCAGAAGGAUGCGGCUCAAGUCUCCUUAAUAACGCCAGUCCGCGAGGGCCAGCAGCUUGUUCGUGUGGUUGCACAAAGGGGGAAGUCCAUGGAAGAACUCGGGGCAACUAAGUUAACAAGACCAUCGGCCCUGAGUAAAAGUUCUGAGCAGUUGGAUCAACUGUGGAGGUGUUCGACCGGAUCAGGAGGACCAGACAGAGACAAGAGGAGCGUUUCAUUCAUUGCUGAAGUCAGAGAAGCCCAGGUGCAGAACAGAGAGAGGAAGAAGCAGCAUGUGACAGAGCAAGUGGCGAAAGAACCAGAGAUUGUUUCUCAAAAGAGCGGUCAGGGACAGACACCAAACCAAAUCCAGAAAAAGUCUUUGCUGAAGCAGAACUCGGAGCCAGGGGAUGAUGCCACAGUAGGAACAAGGAGCUCCAGCAGAUCCACCUCCCCAGCCUCUUCCUCCUCCUCUUCCCGGGCCAGGGUGCAUUCUGGAUCUCGUGGCCCUGUCACAGAUGUGCUGAGGUCCAGUAGGCCGCCCAGUGAGACUUCAUCUAACCCCCCUUCCCCCAGAGGUCUAGAGGCCAGUGAGAGAGAGAUCAAAUCCACCUCGUCCUCCCCCACCCAGACAAGGCUUCCUUGUGAAAAUAGGCCUAGCUCCAGCAGAGACAAGACUUGUCUUUCUGUGACUGGUUCACAAAGAGACCAGUCAGUGGAUGAACCAGGCAUUGACGCCCUAAAGCCUGAUUCAAACUAUGAAGUGUCUCUGAGCUGCGGCGUCACCACAGAUCCAUCUCUGUGGAUUCUCUCUCCAGAAGAAGAGAACGAAGAGGAAGUGCAGCCCGUACCCCUGACAGAUGAGGUUUUUGAUGACGAGUCCAGUGGUUCAGCCACUCCGAUGCAGACAAGUGAAACAUCUGGGUCUCCCUGCACCUCCGUCUCUGAACAAGACAUCAGUCAGCAGAUGGAAGAGGAGAAAAAUCCAGAUACAGAAGAUGAGAAGUCAGAAGAAAACCAGGAGAUAGAGGAGAGGGGAACACCAGAGGGAGAAACAGACAGUCUGAAGAAGCCUGUGGAAAGGCCACAGUGGGAAGAGCUUGUAGAAGCAGUGGUCAAGGCAGACCAAUCACUGGCCAGAGUGCUCUACCCAUUGGCCAAUCGUAAGACAGCACUGAUGCUGAUGGAGCAGCUGCUGUCAGAGGACACGCUGCUGAUGGAGGAACACUACAAGAAGAAACAGGAGCAGAAAGGGCAAGCAGAAAGUGCUGAAACAGUCAAAGGAAGGAUGACUGAAGCAUCUCCUUGUUCCUCUGCUCCUGACAGCCUUAAAACUCUGAGCGCAGACCUGCAGAGCAAAGUCGACAUCGCUGAGAAGAAGCGCCUGUUAGUGACUUAUAUUGAGGCGCGACUGCGCUCACUGGAAGAGAUGAAAGGUCCCCUCCAGGCAGAGAUUCGGGAGAACGUGGCCCUUGGGGAGACCCUUGAAGUGCUGGUCCGUGAGGGCUGUCUUCCUGUGGAGCUGGAGCGCUACAGCCUGUUCAUAGGAGACCUGGAGAGGGUAGUAAGCCUGCUGCUGUGUCUCUCUGCUCGGCUGGCCAGGGUACAAAACGCCCUGAGCACCGUGGACCAAUACACAGAUGCUGAGGAGAAGCAAUCUCUGGACAGUCGCCACCGUCUGCUGUGCAAACAGAGGGAGGACGCCAAAGAUCUGAAGGAUAAUCUGGACCGGAGAGAGAACCUGGUCUCCACCUUCCUGUCGCGCCAGCUGUCUGCCAAACAGCUGCAGGACUACCGGCGCUUCAUCCAGACCAAGGCGUCACUGCUCAUCCGGCAGAAGGACCUGGAGGAGAAGCAAAGGCUGGCCGAGGAGCAGCUGGAGGCCCUCUCCAACAGCCUGAAUCUGUGAAGGGCGGAGCGAUGAAAGCACUGAUUGCUCCUUUCCUUCUCGACUUGCGUUGAAGGACGAUAUUCAAAAAUACGCGUAAAGAGAGUGUUGGCUGUACUUUUCUGACUGGGUUUGACACGUAGACAGACUAGGCGUGGAUUAUAUGUGGUCCAGCUGGUAUCUCCAACGCUUUGCACCCUGUUGUGACUUUCUUUUGUCCUUUAAAAGAGUUUGAUGGGGAACUCAUCAUGCCCUCUGCUCUCCUCUCAUAACUACGUGUCACACACGAGAUGAGCAAUAAAGACAGUUGAGACCGAAGUUUCUCGCCUUGCUGUCGUCAAGCAAGGCUUCGCAGAACACUUAUCCACCCAAACUCUGCCCACUGUCGGUGUGCACAGUCUGCAGGGUGCAUCUGAGGACUUCUUACUGAGAUGAUGUACGUGUGUCCGUUGACUUUGAACAGAGAAUCUGUUCUGAACUGUUUAUCUGUGUGCCUUGAUACUGGCGUUGCAGUGGAAUGUUUUCCAUUAGAGCUGCUAGGUGGAAACUCUGUGCCCCCCGUUAGCAAUCCAGCAGCUGUCCUUCACCUUUCAUUAAGAUGUUAGAGCUACAGUCCUGUUAUCUGCACCUGCGUAAACCUAUUAUAAGCUUUAAGAUUGUAUUUUGACCCGUGAGAAGGCUUCGGUGAGAGAGAGUAGCCUGAGAGGGGAAGUGUACUGUAUCAAGUCAGUAAAAUGUAUCAUAGAUGGAGUAGAUUUUUUUUAAUGUUCUUUUUUAAAAAUAUGUUUCAAAUUAAGGCACUAAAAACCAAAAAGGGUGAAUGAAAAAAAGCACUUUGUAAUGAUACAUAAAUGCACAUUUCUUCAAAUCAGAUUUGUUCAAAAUAAUGUCAAGUGAAAGCCUUACUCCAUCCAUUCAGACAUUUUUUUUGUUUGUUUGUUUUGUCAUUAAUUUUAAGUAGGAAUGUUGAAAUGAAAGGUACACAAGCACACACGGCAACAUUAAGGAUUGUGUACAAAUACUUCUACCCAUCUAAUUUCAUACUUGAUGUCACUAAGUCUUGAUGAUUUCAUGCUGGAGCCAUUCUUCAUACAGAGGAGCUAAAUCUCUAAAGCAGAUUAUAAGUAAGCAAUUAUAUCACUGAUAUUUUCUCCCAAUGUCCCCUUGUUGCAGAAGUGACACAUGAUACUUGAAAUACUGUUUUGCUUUUUAAAGAGGAAAGUCCACGAUCUUUACUUCAGGUGUCUUAAACUAAUUUUCUCUCCUCUACCUCCACAGCGUAGCCACUUUUAGACUCAUGUAGCCUUGGAGUUUAUUUAAAUUUACACAGCUUUCAGUUAAAAAGCUCUUCUUGGUAGCCCUGAAUAAAAACGCGCUUUUGAAUCAAAAUGACUUUUGACCCUAAUUUUUAAAGAAACUCACGUUUUAGUGUCUACAUUGAUAUUUGUCAGUAGUUGUUAUAGUUGUAUUAAUUUCUUUUUGCUGAAUCUUCAACCAGAGACAUUAGAGAGUUGUUUAAGAGUGAUGUGAGCCCCUGCUCUACAUUAGAAUAUGUGCUGUGAGCGUGAAUUACGAAUGUCUCAGUUAUGUGUGUAGAGAUUAGUUGUUGAGCAGAAUGACAGAACUCCUCUCGGUGUUUGCUGUGUUUUCAACAGGAAAUUCCUAUGAAGUCAAAAAGUGAUCAAAAUCAUCCCUCAGGAAAUUCUACCUGUUGGCUGUUAAUGAGAAAAAAAAUUGCUCCAGUGCAUGGGCUGACUGUUGUGUGUAUGAUAUUUAUGUAACAAUGACCACAGAGAGGCAGAGCUGCUUUAGUAACCCCCUUAAACAUAACUCAAAAUAUAAUUUAAAAAAUGUUUUUCUCAGAAACUGUAAACCCUGCCAAGCUGAAAGAUAUUUUCACGCUUUUAGUUAAAUAGUUUCACCACCUCCGCCACCACCCCUCAACUAUUUCUCUGGAGGUUUACAACUCUGCUAAACAAAUGUAUGUUUGUUUUGGCCUUUGUGCUGACGCAGGGCUAAAGGGUUAGAGGGACUCGCAUGCUGUUCCUCUCAGUCUGCUGAAAUAAUUCCUAAAGUAUGCAAAAGACCAACAUUUUGGACAAAGAAAGACUUUUGAGGGGGGUGGAAAGAGUGCAAAAUGCUCCCACAUAGGCACAGCGCAUGGAUAAAUACUCAUUUUAGUUCUUGCUGUGUGUACAUACUAACAAACAUUUGACAACUUCCUGUGUCUUUUCUGGUUUCUGGUGUGUUAUGUUGAGGUUGCAAGAAAGUGUUCUGUUUUUGAAGUAGGAUUAUAUAUGUGUGUUUGGGGAUUUUGUUUCACAUUCUGGAGGCGUGUGACAUUGAUAUAAACAGAAUCAACUUUAAAGCCAAGAAGGAAAGACAUAUUUCAGUGAGUCCCAGCUGGUGGUAUGACAACAGAGACAUUUCUAAAUCCACUGUUUCUGCCAUAAUUCACACAUGUUUUCCGUUGAGAGUUUUGAGCUGUUUUUUUGUGCCUGUCUGGAGUUACAAAUUCCAUGAUGUUUGUAUGAUUGUGAAUAAAUUAAAAAUUAAGCUCUCCCUCUC